CAAGAAACUAACCACCGCCGGAUCAGGAAAAAUGGAGUUGUAUUACUCCUUUGCUAUCAUCACCAUUACCAACGUUCUCCUUCUCCUCAUCACUCACGCAAUGGACACACUAAACCCCUCUCACACACUGCGACACACAACCGGUGACACCCUGAUUUCCUCCGGAGGCACGUUCGAACUCGGCUUCUUCAACCCUGACAACUCAAACAAGUGGUACGUCGGCGUAUGGUACAAGCGAAUAGCACCGAAAACGGUGGUGUGGGUCGCCAACAGAGACAAUCCUCUCCCUGACUCCUCAGCCACUCUCACACUCACACCACCGGGCCGUCUACUUCUCCUCAGCGCCGCCAACGCUACCAUCUGGUCCACUAAUAUAUCAAACAUCCUGCACAACCCGGUCGCGCAGUUGCUCGACUCUGGCAACCUCGUUGUCAGGGAUGGAAUUGGUCUUAUCGUGUGGCAGAGCUUCGACUUCCCAACCGACACUCUGCUGCCAGGGAUGAAGCUCGGUUGGAACUACGCCACCGGGAGAGAGGCCUACAUGACAUCAGCAAAGAACGGGGGAGAUCCGGCCUCUGGAGAUUUCACGUUCCGCUGUGAUCCCACCGGCUACCCACAGAACGUUCUUAAAAACGGCGGUUCUGUGCAGUACAAGUCGGGGCCUUGGAACGGCCUCGGCUUCAGCGGCGGCCAGAACUUGAAGAGGAAUAACCUUUUCAAGUUCGGGGUGGUGAUGACCAAGGCUGAGGUUUACUAUCACUACGAGCUCCUCAACCGCUCUGUCAUAACGCGGUUUCAGUUGAGUGAGAGUGGCGUCGCCCAGAGGUUCGUCUGGAAUGAUGAAAAACAGGAAUGGGCGAUGUAUCAUACCGUGCAAGUGGAUGGCUGUGAUAUGUAUAAUUCAUGUGGCGCGCACGGUAGCUGUAACGCUGACGUUGUUCUUGGUUGUGCUUGCUUGGAAAGGUUUGUACCAAAAGAUCCUGUGGAAUGGAGUAGGCAAGAAUGGAGAAACGGAUGCGUACGAAGUAAGCCAUUGAAUUGCAAAAGCGGGGAUGUGUUUUUGAAGUAUUCCGGGAUUAAAUUGCCUGAUACUCAGCUUUCGUGGUUCAACGCUAGUUUGAGCCUUAGAGAAUGCAACCAAGUUUGCUCCAAAAAUUGUUCUUGUAUGGCUUAUGCUAGCCUUGAUAUAAGCAGAGGACAAAAUGGAUGCCUACUUUGGUUUGGUGACCUUGUUAACAUAAGAGACAUGUCUCCUGGUCCCGGCCACGAUAUCUACAUUAGGCUGGCUGCGUCCGAGUCAAGAGGAAAGAAACGACAAGUAGUUAUUGUGACGCUGUGUCUAAUGGUUGGGGUGAUUCUGGUGUGCCUGAGCUUGUUGCUGUCUUUCCAGAUGAGGAAGAGGAUGAACCAUCAAUCAUCAGAAAUAGUAUUAGGUCUCGAUGAUCAGCCUGAUGAAAGUGACAAUAAGGAGCUAGAGCUACCACAAUUUGACUUGUCUAUCAUAGUUAAAGCUACUAAUGAUUUCUCCAUGGAUAACAAGCUUGGAGAGGGUGGAUUUGGGCCUGUUUAUAAGGGCGUCCUAGACGAGGGACAGGAAAUUGCUGUCAAGCGUAUGUCAAAAACUUCCCAUCAAGGAGUAGAUGAGUUCAAGAACGAAGUAAUCUGCAUUGCUAAACUUCAACAUCGAAAUCUAGUGAAGCUUCUAGGAUGGUGCGUUCAAGGAACAGAAAAGAUGCUGGUCUAUGAAUACAUGACCAACAAGAGUCUCGACUUAAUAUUGUUCAAUCCUACAAGAAGCUUAUUACUUGACUGGCCGAGGCGCUUCAAUAUCAUAAAUGGCAUUGCUAGGGGCCUUAUGUAUCUUCAUCAAGAUUCCCGUCUUCGAGUAAUCCACAGGGACCUCAAAGCCAGCAAUAUACUACUAGAUUGUGAUAUGAACCCGAAGAUAUCAGACUUUGGCCUUGCUAGAACUUUUGGGGGGAAUGAAACCGGAGGCAACACAAGCAGAGUAGUAGGAACAUACGGCUACAUGUCCCCGGAAUACGCUGUGGAUGGCAUGUUCUCGGUGAAAUCUGAUGUGUUUAGCUUCGGAGUUAUAGUGCUUGAAAUUGUGAGCGGAAAGAGAAACAGAGGAUUUGUGCAUAGCGAUCACCGCCUCAAUCUUCUCGGGCAUGCAUGGAUGCUUUACGAAGAAGACAGGUCGAUUGAGUUGGUUGAACCUUGUGCGAAAAAAUCAUGUGAUAUAUCAGAAGUAACGAGAUCAAUCCAUGUUGGUCUUUUAUGUGUUCAACAGCACCCUGAAGACAGGCCGAGCAUGUCGUCAGUGGUAAUGAUGCUGAGCAACGGCGGCGCUCUGCCUGAAGCCAAACAUCCUGGUUUCUUUACAGGAAGAGAGAUACUAAAGAGUGAAACUUCUGUUAGCACAACCACCUCAAGUUCAACAAAUGCAAUCACGAUUUCCCUCGUAGAAGCUCGAUGAAUUUGCGGUACAUUUAACUUAUAAAUGUUCAUUGUGCUUGCUUUGAUCUCUUCCUGUAUGAUCAUUUUAAUGCUAUGAUUUUCAUUUGCUCGAUUGAGAUAUGGUUAUGACAAGUUUCUGCUUAUAAA